UUUGUCAGACACUUCACUUUAGUCCUUUUAUAAAAUUUUAAGCUGCACAAUAUAGACAAAACAUUAGGAAGUUUUAAAAUGUCUAAAAGGAAAAGUGAGGUUCAAGGUACACCAAACACUUUAUUUAAAUAUUUUUCAAAAAAUUUAUCUCCGGCUGUAAAAGAUGAAGAAAAGAAAAAGAAACUUAUUUUUGAGAAAACCGAAUCCAAUAAUAAACCAAUUGAAAAUGGUACACCUGAUAGCCCUUUGAACGAUUCCUUAACUGAAUCGUUCAAAGGAUUUCCAAAAACCGAAGAUAAAAUAGAUAUGGACAUAUCGGAAGAUGUUACCGAAAACGGUAAAAUUGAAGUUGCAAGUUCUAUUAAACGACUAAAAGAUGAAAGUGAACAAGAAUCUGAUUCAGAAGAGGAUAUUCCGAAAGCUAAGAAAAAAAGAAGAAGAAUUAUUCAAGUGUCUGACUCAGAAUCUGGAAAUGAGAAUGAUAGUGAUCAUGCUAAUGUUAUUCAAAAGCAAUCGAAAAAGGAAAAAAAACCUAAAUUAGAAAAUGAUGACAAAAACCUUUCAGUUUCUGAAAAACUUUCAAAAAUUACAAACUCUUCAGAAGAUAACACUAAAAUAAUGGAAAAAAUUGAAAAAUCAAUCAAUGAGCAAGUAGAAAAAUAUGAACUAGAUCAAGAAGUUGUAUACAAGCAUCAAACGUUCGAUUUCCUAAAGCCGGACAAAAUUAAAGAUAAAAAAGGACGUCGUCCUGAUCAUCCAGAAUAUGAUCCAAAAACUUUAUAUGUUCCAGAAUCAUUUUUAAAUCAACAAACACCUGGUCUACGACAAUGGUGGGAUAUUAAAUCCAAUCAUUUCGAUUGUGUUUUAUUUUUCAAAGUUGGAAAAUUUUAUGAAUUUUAUCAUAUGGAUGCGGAAGUUGGAGUUAAAGAAUUGAAUUGCAUUUACAUGAAAGGAGACUUUGCUCAUUCCGGAUUCCCCGAAGUAUCUUAUGAUAAAAUGUCAAGUAUUUUGAUUAAAAAAGGCUAUAGAGUUGCAAGAAUUGAGCAAACAGAAACUCCAGAUAUGAUGAAUGAACGAAUAAAAAAACAAACUAAGACUACGAAAUUUGAUAAAGUAGUUAAACGUGAAAUAUGUCAAAUAUCAAAUAAAGGAACACAAAUUUUUGGUUCACAAUGCAGGGUAGCACCAUAUUAUCAGCCCAAUUAUAUGUUGGCUAUAUGUGAAACUUCAUUGGAUAAUCACAGUGAAUACGGAAUUUGUUUUGUUGAUACAACAAUUGGCGAAUUCACAAUAGGUCAAUUCAAAGAUGACAAAAAUUGUUCUCGAAUCUUAACUUUAAUUUCUCACAAUCCUCCGGUAUUUGUUUUGUAUGAAAGAAAUGGGAUCUCAAGUAAAACACAAGAAAUUUUUAAAUCAGCCCUAGGUAACGUGAUGAAAGAAAGUUUGUUAAGCAAAACACAGUUCUGGGAAGCUGAAAAAACAUUAAAAUUUUUAGCUGAAGAUUAUUAUUCUAAAGAAGAAACCGCAUGGCCAGCAGUUUUAAAAUUGAUGCAAGAUGAAAAUGAUCACUUAGGCCUUACUCCAAAAGAACCAUUUAAAUUGGCUUUAAGAUCUUUGGGAGCGAUUAUCUAUUACUUAAAAAAUGGUGUUAUAGACCAACAAGUACUUGGAAUGGCACAGUAUUCAUUAUACACUCCACCCGACAUAUUGGCCAAUGCUCAAGAAUUAAAAGAUUUGAUUAAUGAGACUAAAAUAAAUACAGACAAGUUAAAUAUGAAGAAAAGUAAUAUGGUUUUAGACGCUAUCACUUUGGCAAACCUUAGAAUAGUCAAUAGUGAGCAUUCUUUACUUACCUCGUUAGAUUUUUGCUGUACCAAAUUUGGAAAAAGACUACUGCAUAACUGGUUAUGUGCUCCAAGUUGUGAUAUAAGUAUUAUAAAAGAAAGACAAAAUGCAAUUAGAGAGUUGCUAGACAACGGUGAAAUAUUACAAGAAAUUCGAAAUAUAUUUAAGACAUUACCAGAUUUUGAACGACAUCUGGCUCAACUUUAUGGUUUUAGCAACGGAAAGAGAUUGCAAAAUCACCCUGAUGGAAGAGCUAUUUUAUUUGAAGAACAACAGUACAAUAAAAGAAAAAUUCAGAAUUUUGUUCAAUUAAUCAAAGGUUUUGAGAAAAUAAUGGCUAUUCCAAAAAUUUUCUCUAGUUUUGAGUCCAGUUUAAUAAAAAGGUUAACACAACAUGAACCAAUUGGCAUUUUCCCGGAAUAUAAAGAAGUGAUUUCCUAUUUUAAUAAUUCAUUUGAUCAUGAAGCCGCAAUAAAAUCAGGAGUUGUGGCGCCUGAAAAGGGUUUGGAUGCCGAAUAUGAUUCUGUAGAAAAUCUCAUUGAAGAUAUUAAAGCUGAACUUAAAGAAUAUCUAACUGAACAAGAAAAAACUUUUAAAUGCCGAAUUAAUUACUUUGGAACGGAUAAAAAACGUUAUCAAUUAGAAAUUCCUGAUAGUCAUAAUCAUAAAGUUCCUAAAUCUUACAUGUUGGAAAGUCAGAAAAAAGGUUUCAAAAGAUAUCACACAAAUGAAACAAAGGCAUUUUUGAAACGAAUGACUCAAGCUGAAGAUAAAAAAAAUGCUGUACUAAAAGAUUUAGCUCGUCGCAUUUAUGAAAAGUUUACAAACCAUUUUGAUAUGUGGAAGCAAUGCGUUGAAUCAACCGCCAUCAUAGAUGUUUUGUCUUCUUUAGCCGAGUAUGCUAAAAAUCAAACAAACAUUUGCACUCCUGAACUUAUAGAACCUGAAUCUGAUCCAAUAAUAGAUAUUGAAGAUGGUUUUCAUCCUUGUAUACCCUCAUCUAAUUAUAUACCAAAUGGAAUUAUGAUUGGUGGAGAUUCUGCACCUUUAGCACUUUUAACCGGUCCUAAUAUGGGUGGUAAAAGUACAUUAAUGCGAGAAAUUGGUCUUCUAACAAUUAUGGCACAAAUAGGUUGUCUUGUCCCAGCUGAAAAGUGUAAAUUAUCUGUUGUUGAUAGAAUUUUUACACGAUUAGGAGCCCAAGAUGAUAUAAUAUCUGGGCACAGUACAUUUCUGGUAGAAUUAAAUGAAACUUCGGCUAUCCUAAAACAUGCUACCGUAAAUAGCUUAGUUUUAUUAGAUGAAUUAGGUCGUGGAACUGCAACUUAUGAUGGUACAGCCAUAGCAGCUAGUGUCGUCCAAUUUCUAUCUGAUUUAAAAUGCCGAACGAUAUUUUCAACUCAUUAUCAUAGCUUAGUUGAAUAUUUUCAUAAUAAUCCGAAUGUGUACAUGGGUCAUAUGGCUUGUAUGGUUGAAAAUGAAUCAAAUGACGAUCCAACCGAAGAAACUGUAACAUUCCUAUAUAAAUAUACAAGUGGAGCUUGUCCAAAAUCAUAUGGUUUUAAUGCUGCCAAAUUAGCUGGAAUGCCUCGUCCAAUUAUAAGAAGAGCAUUUGAGUUAUCAAAAAAAGUCGAAUCUCUAUCACUUGAACAAAAAAUCAUGUCCAAAAUUUUAUGUGAUUCAGAUGACCAUCAAAUAUUAAAUUUACUUACAGAUUUAAAAACAUGCCAAAUUAAAUAAGAAUUUUUAUAAAAUUUAAAUGUCAUUAAAAUGUUGAAUUACAUGUUUUCUUAUGUUGUUAUUACAAUAUCAGUAUUUUUGUUUUUUUUGUAAUGUUUUGUUAAUUACAAGGAUAAGUACACUACAAAUCUCGAAAAAUAAUAGAUUUAGACCUAAUCAUUU